CUUAGGUCCUAGGCCUCUGGGUUGACCAGGAACUCACGUUGGCAGCAGCCAAGGAGAGGGGCCGGCUCGCCAAGACACAACAGGGAGGGGAUAAACCAGCAUCCCCCACCCCCUCCGGACAGGGAGCAGGGGAGGAGAGCCAGUAUCCCCCACCCCUGCGCAGGGCGGAGGAGCGCGUCCCGCGCUCGGCGGCGCCUCCUGCACCAACGCAUCUCCGGAGCGGCGCGCAAGAAUGCAGGUCCACAGGGACGCGCACGCGGGGCUCCUGCUGCCUUGGGGCUGGGUGGCUCUCUGCCUGAUGAGUCUGCUGCAUCUAAACAGUUUGACCUCUGUUGCCAUGGAGAUUACUCCAGGAAUAUCUCCAUCAAUUCCUACAAAUGAGUCCGAUGAGAAAACUACCAUACCUAGCAUCCCUGGAAGUACCAGCUUCCUCCCUCAGGACAGCAAUGAGACCACACCAGCUAUCUCAGAGACAACUGUCAACUUUACCGCUACCUCUGGGAUUCCUUCAGGCUCUGGAACCACACAAACUUUUGUGCAAUCCCAGACGUCCCCAACCGUCACUGAUCCCACCACUUCAGACAAUGCUUCCACCUCAGAGAUGACCUGGAAGCCUAGCAUGCCAUCUGUAAAUGUUUCUGAUCACUCAACUAAUAAUAUCAGUUCUGAGAUGACACCAACCACUGAACCAUAUGCAUACACAUCAUCUUCUACUGCCCCAGUUACCAUCAAGGGAGAAAUCAAAUGUUCAGGAAUUCGAGAAGUGCGGUUGGCUCAAGGAAUCUGCCUGGAACUAAAUGAAGCAUCUAGCUGUGAUGAAUUUAAGAAGGAAAAAGGAGAGGGUCUAACCCAGAUACUGUGUGGGAAGGAGGGGACUGAGGCUGAAGCUGAUGCUAGUGUCUGCUCCUUGCUUCUAGCCCAGUCUGAGGUUAGGCCUGAGUGUUUGCUGAUGGUCUUGGCCAAUAACACAGAACUUUCCAGCAAACUCCAGCUUAUGGAAAAGCACCAGUCUGACUUGAGAAAGCUGGGGAUCCAAGGCUUCAAUAAACAAGAUAUUGGAAGCCACCAGAGCUAUUCCCGAAAGACUCUGAUUGCAUUGGUUACCUCAGGAGUCUUGCUGGCCAUCUUGGGCACCAGUGGCUAUUUCCUGAUGAAUCGUCGCAGUUGGAGCCCCACAGGAGAAAGGCUGGGUGAAGACCCUUAUUACACGGAGAAUGGUGGAGGCCAGGGCUAUAGCUCAGGACCUGGGGCCUCCCCUGAGACUCAGGGAAAGGCCAGUGUGACCCGAGGGGCUCAGGAGAACGGGACCGGACAGGCCACCUCCAGAAACGGCCAUUCAGCAAGACAACAUGUGGUGGCUGACACAGAACUGUGACUUGGCUGGGUGGGUAAAACUGGGUGGUAUCCAGGAAAGUGGCAUCUUUGCCUCUGACCUUAUGCUGCCUCCAACUCAUGUCCUACUUCUCACAUCACACACACUUUAGAGACUCUUCCUAGGACUCUUCACCUUUAGGGGCACAGAUAAACUGCCCUCUGGACAUUGAGCUCCCUGAACCCAAACUCUGACCUUUGGGUCAAGUUUUGAUGGGGAGAAACCUAGAUCUAGAGGAGCUGCCAAGAUGUUGGUGGCUGUGUAACAUUUGCCUUGGAUCCUUUCUUCCUCUUCUUUUGCCUCUUUACAGGGACUCUUGGGAAAACUAGCUUUUCUAAGCUACAACUUACUCCAAGCAAAUGUUGCUUUUUACUGUUUCUUCUUUCUGAAUUCUUUGCCUUCUUUAGGUAAACCAAGGUAUUCACUGACAUCUAUUCCCAUAUAAGGAUACAGCCAGAAAACAGUACUUCUCUUGGUCUCUGGUUCUUGAAUGCAGAGGCCAGGAUAACUUUCUGUCUGGAUUUUGAUACUGGGCUCCAUAUUUUAAAACAACAGCUUACCAGGUAUCUUAGGGCCACACAGAAAUUCUCAUUAGUUCAGUGUAGACAGGACAUUGGAACUAGACUUUGAACUGAGCCUCUUUUUAUGUUUUGUUUUAUUUUGUUGCUAGGGAUUGAACCCCAAACUUCACACAUAUUAGGCAAGUGUUCUACCAUUGAGCUGAAUCCUCAGCUGUCCUCCCUGUUCUUAUUUAGAGACAAGUUUUCAUGUAAGUGACCAGGCUUGCCUUGAACUGUGCAGUUCAGGCAGGUCUUAAACUCUUGCUUUAGGCUUCCAAGUAGCUUGAACUACUAGACUCAGUUGAGCUAAGCCUCCUGACCUGAGCUCUUCAGAAGAAUCCUCUUUCUGUGAAGCCCCUAGCUUUCUCUAAACUCUAUGACACCUCCUCCCACCCUCUGACUCCUGGGGAAGCUGUGGCCUCAGUCCCUGGUAGACUCCUUUCUAUCUGUGCCUUUCCUAGCUUAAGCCCCUUCAAGACUAUAAUCCUCCUUUCCUGGGGUUGACCCAGGACUCGUUCUCUUAUUUUUUUCAGGGAUAGGUGGGGGGAGGAAUAGAGAUCCUGAUUUCAAUGAGGCUGGAAAAAAGAACUUUCCAGAGAUGAGAGGAUUGGGUGGAUUUUUUCUGAAUAAACAGUGAUGGGUGAGAAUAAUAUGAUUAAAGUGAUGAUGAAAUCUG